UCGGCGGAAGUAGGACGGAGCGGCUGGUUUCCGCUUCCCUCGCUGCUGCUUCUGCUGGUCACUGAAGUAAAGAUGGCGGCGGCCGAGACCGAUCGUGAAGCACCGUCCGCUCUGUGUAGCGAAUUCCUCCAGUUCUCCGCGAAGGACACCGCUGCGAAAUGGCUGCAGGCGAGCAACCUACCCAAAGAGGUGUACCAGCACUUGGCCUGCUACGUCCCCAAGAUCUACUGCCUGGGCCCCAACCUGAACCCUCAGAAUGAAGACCUGCUGGCUCCGCUGCUACUUCAGAGCCCGCUGGAGUGGUACCUGUGCGGGGAAGAACCGUCCGUGGGAUUGGCCAAGCUGGAACAGAACAACCAGCCCUCACAGCUCUGUGGCCACGUGUUUAAAGUGGGAGAGCCAACAUACUCUUGCAGGGAGUGUGCAGCUGAUCCGACCUGCGUGCUGUGUAUGCAGUGCUUCUUAGGCAGCGUUCACAAAGAGCAUCGCUACAGGAUGACCACCUCAGGAGGAGGAGGUUUCUGUGACUGCGGUGACACAGAGGCCUGGAAGAAGGGCCCUUACUGUCAGAAACAUGAGCCCAAUAUCAGUGACUCUUCCCAGAAGGAUCCUUUGGCUAAUAUGUCUGAAGAGAUGAUUGCUCGCACACAUAAUGUUUUCUCCAUCAUCCUCAAAUAUGCUGUGGACAUGCUCACCUGGGACAAAGAGGAUGAGCUACCUGAAGGCCUUGAGCCACCGCUGCGUGGAGACACGUACUACUGCAUGCUGUUCAACGAUGAGGUCCACACGUACGAGCAGGUCAUCUAUACACUACAGAAAGCAGUUAGCUGCACUCAGAAAGAGGCCGUCAGUUUCGCCACCAUCGUGGACAGAGAUGGCAGGAAGUCUGUUCGCUUUGGGGACUUCCAGUUUUGUGAGCAGGCCAAAUCUGUUAUUGUGAGGAACACAAGUCGGCAGACGAAACCCCUGCGGGUUGAAGUCAUGCACUCCUCUGUAGUGGCUCAUCAGUGUUUUGCACUCAAAGCUCUCACCUGGCUCGGCCAAAUCAUCAGAUGCUCAGAUGCUCUGAGGAGGAUCCUGUGUCAGGUGGGUCUGCAGCGAGGACCAGAGGGAGAGAACUCUUCUCUGGUGGACACGCUCAUGCUCUGUGACUCCAAGAUGUGGAAAGGAGCGAGAAAUGUUUACCACCAGCUCUUUAUGAGCAGCUUACUCAUGGAUUCAAAAUACAAAAAACUUUUUGCCAUCCAGUUUGCAAAGAACUAUGAGUGCUUGCAGAGCGACUACGUGAAAGACGACCACGACAGGGAGUUCUCCGUCACUGAUCUUUCUGUGCAAAUGUUCGCCGUGCCCUCUCUGGCUCGGAUGUUGAUCACAGAAGAGAACCUGAUGACCACCAUCAUCCGCACAUUCAUGGACCACCUCAGACACCGAGACCUGCAGGGCCACUUUCAGUUUGAACGCUACACCGCACAACAAGCCUUCAAAUUCCGCCGGGUCCAGAGCCUUAUAGGAGACCUCAAGUAUGUCCUGAUGAGCCGUCCAACAGAAUGGACCGACCAACUCAGGGAGAAGUAUCUUGAGGGGUUUGAUGCUUUCUUGGAGUUGCUAAAAUGCAUGCAGGGAAUGGACCCUGUAGUGCGUCAGGUGGGGCAGCACAUAGAGAUGGAGCCAGAAUGGGAGGCAGCGUUCACCUUACAGAUGAAGCUCACUCAUAUCAUCUCUAUGAUGCAGGAAUGGUGUGCCAGUGAUGAGCGAGUGCUGAUCGAAGCCUAUAAGAAGUGCCUGAGUGCACUGACUCACUGCCACAGUGGUUUCACAGAUGGGGAGCAGCCCAUAACCCUCUGCAUGUGCGGCCACUCUGUUGACACCAUCCGCUACUGCGUCUCUCAGGAGAAAGUCAGCAUACACCUACCUGUGUCCCGGCUUUUAGCAGGUUUACAUGCUCUGCUGAGCAAAACUGAGGUUGCCUAUCGAUUCCCUGAGCAGCUGCCGCUGAGUGAACUGAGUCCACCCAUGUUGAUCGAGCACCCGCUCCGUUGCCUUAUACUCUGUGCCCAGGUGCAUGCUGGGAUGUGGAGAAGAAAUGGCUUCUCUUUGGUCAAUCAGAUCUAUUAUUAUCACAAUGUGAAGUGUAGAGUGGAGAUGUUCGAUCAAGACCUCAUCAUGCUUCAGGCUGGAGCUUCUAUGAUGGAUCCAAACCACUUCCUGAUGAUCAUGUUGAGCCGUUUUGAGCUUUAUCAUAUCUUCAGCUCAGCAGACUGCAGAAAGAGAUACAGCAGAGAGAAUGCUAACAAGGAUGUGCUUCAGCAGAAUAACACACUAAUUGAGGAGAUGCUGCAUCUGGUCAUUAUGACCGUGGGGGAGCGAUACACAGCAGGUGUUGGUCAGGUGGAGAGCUCUGAUGAGACAAGGCGAGAGAUCGUUCACCAGCUAUGCAUUCGACCUAUGGCCCACAGUGAGCUGGUCAAAGCCCUACCUGAGAAUGAGAAUAAAGAAACUGGCAUGGAAAGGGUCAUCGACAGUGUGUCUUUGUUCAAGAAGCCUGGUGUGACUGGUAGAGGACUUUAUAAACUCAGGCCAGAGUGUGCCAAGAUGUUCAACCUUUACUUCUACCAUUACUCCAGAGCUGACCAGUCUAAGGCUGAAGAGGCUCAGAGAAGGAUAAAGAGGCAAAAUGGGGAAGAUUCAGAUGGUGUCAAGCGUCUGUGGCGGCAACCAGUGAUAUUAGACAUGUUCUUACCACACACUCAAGUUAGAGCUCAGUAUGAACUUGUCCUGCAGGUGCUGCAUCUCAUAGGCAUGGGCCUGGUGGAAGAACAGCAACAUCUAAUCAGCAGCGCAGAUGAUGAUACCAACUUCAACUUCACUCUCAAAAUCUCCAGACCAGGUGAGGCUCCUGCUAACACUCCCAGUAUCUUGGCUUUAUUGGAAACCCUGCAGAAUGCUCCUCACCUGGAGGUGCACAAGGACAUGAUCCGCUGGAUUCUCAAGACCGUGGCCAACAUCAAGACCACGCGGGUGUGCACGGCCAGUGCGCCCCCCAGUGACAGCUCAGGGCACAGUCAGGAGGAGAUGGUGCGGGAUAAAGAUAAGGCAGAGCGGAAGAGGAAAGCAGAGAUGGCGCGGCUCCGGAGAGAGAAGAUCAUGGCUCAGAUGUCAGAGAUGCAAAGACACUUCAUCAACGAGAACAAAGAGUUGUUCCAGCAGAGUCUGGAGGAGCUCGACCCCUCCACCUCCUCCACACUGGAGCACAGCCCCAGUUCAUGUGAUAGCACACUGGUCUGUGUGGGUCCACGGCGGUGGCGUGCAGGCGGCAGUGAGAGGAGACAGAUGGUGACAUGCAUCCUGUGUCAGGAGGAGCAGGAAAUCAGGACUGAUGGCAAAGCCAUGGUGCUCGCUGCUUUUGUCCAGCGCUCUACUGUCAUGUCCAAAAACCGCAAGAGACCUCCACACAACCCAGAUAAGUAUGACCCUCUCUUCAUGCACCCUGACCUGUCCUUCGGUACACACACAGGCAGCUGUGGGCACAUCAUGCACUCUCACUGCUGGCAGAGAUCUGAAAGCUGUAUGCGUUUCAGUGGCCUGCAUGAGGUGAGCUCAGGCUGGCAUCUGUGGCACUGUGUGAAAGCUGGAAUCCUGCCUUAUCUGAGGGCAGCCGCUCUCUUCUUCCACUAUCUCAAUGGAGCUCCAGCACCACCCGAGUUUCAUACUCUAGGUGCGGGUGAAUGGGAGGCUCUGUGUGGAUACCUGUGUCUGCCCUCCAACCUGCUCCAGCUCUACUACAACAAUCAGGAGCUCAUGGAACCUCUGCUGCACGGGUGGUGCUCUCAUCCAGGUGUGCUGCAGGGUCUUCAGAGCGGCGUGGCUCUCAUCAGGUUUCCUAGAGAGUCCAAUCAUAUCAUAGAGCUGCCAGGCGACUACAGCGCCCUGAUUAACCAGGCCUCCAGCUUCACGUGUCCUAAAUCUGGUGGGGAUAAGUCUCGCGCUCCUACUCUUUGUUUGGUGUGUGGUGCUAUGCUGUGCUCCCAGAGCUACUGCUGUCAGACCGAGCUGGAAGGAGAGGAUGUGGGCGCAUGCACCGCACAUACUUUUGCCUGCGGAGCCGGAGUCGGCAUUUUCCUCAGGGUGCGGGAAAGUCAGGUCCUGUUCCUGGCUGGCAAAUCUAAGGGCUGUUUUUAUGCUCCCCCAUACCUGGACGACUAUGGGGAAACAGACCAAGGGCUAAGAAGGGGAAACCCAUUACACUUGUGCCAAGAGCGCUACAGGAAGGUCCAGAAGCUGUGGCGCGUCGUGUCGUAG